UGCUUUGAUCCCGUUCGCCAGAAUGGUAUUUCUUUGGACCACUAGAGGAAAACCAAUUCAUGUUAAAAUCGUUCACAAAUCGGAUAGUGUGCUGCAGCUUACGGUAGAAAAUGUGGAUGCGCCUCGCGAAAGACAUACACUGCUGAUUCUGGAACUUGGAACUUUGUUUUGCUUUGCAGUUUGUGUUUUACUCUUCCGGUUGAACACACUGCACGCAUUGUUUGUGUUUCCAAUCGCUACUCUUGUAUACCUGUACAAUAAUGUGAUAAAAUCGGAAAGUUUGGUGUUGGUAAAGGAUUUUGCGAUGCAAUGUUCGACGACGUUCGCCAGCGGUACUGUACGAAAUGCUCUCAUACCGAUAGAGUAUGUACAAGAUAUUGUGAUCAAUGAAGUAUUAUUUAACCUAAAAGUAAUUUUUGUGUUACAAGUACUCACCAAAGGACAUUUAUUUCGGAAGAAACCGGUCAUUACUCUAUUGCAGGCAAGUAUAGAUACAUUGUUAAUCGAUUUUCAUUAUAUUAUGUACAAUUACAUCCUACCGAUGAUACAGCAACUUAAGCCUGGUUUGCCGUGCUUAAAAAUUAUCUACCAAGAACUCCAUUCGCUGCUCGAGCUGCAGGACGGUUGA